AUGGCUUCCUACGCCCUAGCCACUUCCUACGCCGGGGAGUCCCUCCUCUCGGGAUUCAACUGGUUCCACGGCGCCGAUCCCACUCACGGAUAUGUUUCCUAUCAGAGCCGUCAGAAUGCCGAGGCUCUGGGCCUGUAUUCUGUUGACGAAAAAACGGGAGUCGUGAGACUAGGCGUCGACAGCACGAAUACGUACCCCCUGACCGCAGGACGACCGAGUAUCCGGCUCGAGAGCAAGGAGGCGUUUAACCAUGGCCUUUUUAUUGCCGACUUUUUACACAUGCCUCCCUCGCAGUGCGGCGUCUGGCCAGCAUUCUGGUCGUACGGUCCCAACUGGCCUACAAGCGGUGAGGUUGACAUAAUCGAAGGUGCAAACGACCAGCACAACAACCUCAUGUCCGCUCACACAGGACCCGGCUGCACCAUAAGCAAGAGCCUCGGGGGCAAAUUCUCGGGCGCCCAGCGCGAAACUGACUGCAACGUUGGAAAUAAUAAUGUCGGGUGUGGAUAUUCCUCGCCGGCGGGCGACGCCUCUGCGUACGGGGACGGUUUCAACGCCGCCAACGGGGGUGUAUACGCCAUGGAGUGGGAUAAUGAGUUCAUCAAGAUCUGGCACUUUGCGAGAAGUGGGAUCCCCAAGGAUAUCACAAACAAGACGCCUGAUACGAAGGGUUGGGGGGUGCCGGAUGCGGUUUUUGGUGGCGGCGACUGUAACGUCGACAACUUCUUCAAGGACAUGAGUCUGGUGAUAAACAUUAACUUUUGCGGCGAUUGGGGCAACGCGAUUUGGGGGAAAUCCGACGGCUGUGGCAAGUAUGCGGCCACGUGCAACGAGUACGUUGCCAAUAACCCGAAGGCUUUCGCGAACGCGUACUGGGAUGUCAGGUAUAUUGAGGCCUACCAGAAGACCGAUGUGCAGACUUCAUCGAGUUCUCCGAGCGCGUCUGCCACGGAGCCCCUGACCCGGGUGACAAGGACGACGUCCAUCACCACCACUAUCACGAUUAGACGCCCGCAUCGCACUACACGCACUGUCGUAGAGGGCCGGAACACGACCUCUGUUUUGGGCGUGGGUGCUGCUUCGUCGUAUCAAUCUGUUCCUGGGGCGGUUGCGGCAGACACAACUCCUGUUUACAGAGUGAAUGCGACUUCAUCGUAUGAGUCUACCCCUGAGAAGGCUACCGCUGGUACAACGCUCAUUUACAGAGCGAAUACGACUUCAUCACAUGAGCCUACCUCUGAGGAGGCUACGGCCGGCACUACAGCACCGGUUUACAGAGUGAAUGCGACUUCAUCCCACGUGUCUACUACUGAAGAGGCAGCCACCAGCAUAACACCAGUUUACAGACUUAAUACAACGUCAUCGUUGUGGUCGUCUCACAGCAGCCGUUCUGCGAAUACAACCGACGCCCACCUGUACGCAACGUCCUCGUUGAGAUCUACUCGACGUAGCAUUCCUACGAAUGCAACCGCCGUUCCCCGACACACCAUCUCUUCACUCGUCUCUGUCCCCAGCGGCACCAUCACAAAUACAAGCCAGGCCGCCAGGCCCCAGGCUGCGUCCUCGCCUGUCUCUAUACCCAGCGAGGUUCCAGCGCCCAAGAACCCCGUACAGCUGGGCGACUUUGCAUAUCUAGGCUGCUACGGCUCAAGCGACGACUUCAAAAGCUUCCGCAAAGUCAAAGAUAGCAAAGACAUGACUAUCGAUCUAUGCGUACAGCUCUGUCGCGAUUCAAUGUUCUCGGGUGUAUACGACACACAAUGCUUCUGCGCAGAUUCAAUCGAUGCCGAUACCCGCGCGGCUAACACAAAGAACGGUGAUGUCUGUGAUCACCCUUGCCCGGGUAACGACGUCCAAUACUGCGGUGGACUUGCAAAGAGCCCUGAAAAACUUGCCAAUACCACUUCCAACCCUGCAAACGACCGGUUCGAGAACAUUGCUUCAUCAACUGGCGUCGCGGCGAGCAAGUCGACUGCUACUGGUCAGCGAUUCAGAAACUCGACGACUGGGGGGGCUGGGAAGAAUUCCACCCUGGCGACGAGGUUCCAUGUGCCCUCCAAGAGAAGCCCUCUUUCACGCAUGGAAAAGGCCAUUCUUCUUACCGUGUAUGGAGUCGUAAAGGACGAAACGCCGCCUCCGCCUCCACCGUCCAUGGCCGGAAACAAUAUCACGCAUACGUUUACUGCGUAUUCUACAACAAUGCGAGUCAAGACGAUAACUGUUAUUCCGGUACAGGCGACGGCUGGCGCGUCAAAGGCAGAUGUGGUUGCGGACAAGAGCCCUAGCGGGCCGCCCGUGGCUGAUGAGACCGUUGUUUCUACACAGGGUACCUCUGUCCCAUCAGAGAACAAGCCUGUCGGGGACAAGGACCGUGGAGAGACUCUUCCUACCGGGGAGAAUUCUGACCCGGAGAAGGGUGGGUUCGCCCCUGACAGACAACCGGGUAGUUCUUAUGCGGGUGACAAGACUGUUGACCGUGUUCUCGAGACUGCUGCCCCCUCCAACGUCGAAUUUGUUACGGACAAGCGUCCUGAUGGUUCUCCCGUCGGUGGCAAAACGGUUACGAAGACAGUUGACCAGAUGGAGGUGGUGGUUGAAGACUGCGGGUGUACCGAAGGAGAGACUCGCCCGACUUGUACUCCUCGUCCUUCUUCGCCGCCAUCUGCCGAGAAACCCAACCCUCCUCAUGCUGUGCCAUCAGACGUCGAGGUUCCUGUGCCUGCCGAGGGCUCCAAGCAAAGUCAACCCGCACCGCCGGCCCAGGCUACCAACGCUCGCCGGCCAGUGCCAUCAGACAUCGAGAUUCCCGUACCCGUUGAAGGCUUGAAGAACAGUCAACCUGCACCACCACCAGCCCAAGCUACCAACAACCCUCAUCAGUCUGCGCCGUCAGACAUCGAGGCUCCCGUGCCUGCUCAGGACCCAAAGCAUACUCAACCGGCACCUCCACCAGCCCAGAACACCAAGGCUGAAGGCCCAGAGUCUUCAGGGGACGAUUCGCCCGCACCAGUUGGAUCCCCGGGAGAGAGUCAGCAUGCUCCCCCAUCACCUGCGACGCCGCCUCCAGCACAAAUCACACAUCCUUACAGGGUGCGGCCUUCGGGAUUCGAGACUCUUCCCCCGGCCGAGGCCUCGCAUGGAGCCAAGACUCCCAAACCCGCAGUGGUCACUGCCGGCACUGGGAAAACGUGGAGUGAGAAGCCGGGCGUUAUGCUGGGAUUGAUAACGUUGGUCGUGGCUAUGCUGUUGUGA